CCAAAAUCUCGAUCAAUUUUUUUUCCAAAAAUAGAAGAUCAUGGCUAUCCUUUCCCGGUCAGCGACAUCGAUAAUUGCAAUGAUGAUCAUCAUGGGUCAGAUUUCAUGCAGCAAUCUUGCUCGAGAUUUCGACAUAACUUGGGGCAACGGUCGUGGCAAGAUCCUCAACAAUGGGGAGCUCCUGACGCUUACUCUCGACCGUGACUCCGGUUCGGGUUUCCAGUCCAAGAACCGGUUCUUGUUUGGCAACAUCGGCAUGCAGCUCAAACUCGUCCCCGGAAACUCCGCCGGAACGGUCACAGCUUACUACCUGUCUUCGGAGCGUUGGGACACUCACGACGAAAUCGACUUCGAGUUUCUGGGCAACGUCAGCGGGCAGCCGUACACUGUCCACACGAACGUUUAUGUCGCCGGAAAAGGCGAAAGAGAGCAGCAGUUCCAUCUCUGGUUCGAUCCUACUAAGGAUUUCCAUACUUACUCUGUCCUCUGGACUCCUCGAACCAUACUGUUCAUGGUGGACGGCACGCCGCUGAGGGAAUUCCGGAGCUUGGAAAGUAAGGGGGUCCCUUUCCCAAAGAGCCAGGCGAUGAAGCUGUACUCGAGUAUAUGGAAUGCGGACCAGUGGGCCACGCAGGGCGGGCGGGUCAAGACCGACUGGACCUUGGCUCCCUUCACCGCCUCUUAUAGGAACUUCUACGCCGACACGUGUCGCGCGGGAUGCCGUUGGAUGUCGGAGGAGCUUGAUCCGACGGCGCGGGAGAAGCUUCGAUGGGUUCGGAGGAAUUUCAUGAUUUACGAUUAUUGCACCGACGCCAAACGCUUUCCCCGUGGCUUUCCUCCUGAGUGCUAUGCUCGAUUUUAAUUAAUUUAUUUAAUUUUAGAAUUUAUUGUUUUUGGAAAUAUAUGUGUAGUGUUGUUUAUAGAAUGUUGGUUCUGGUUUGUUCAUGAUCCUUGUGUAAAUAUAGUGGGAAUUUAAAAGAUCUUGUUAAAUAAGUUUUGAAUUAAUUGAUAUAUGUUUAUAUA